CAACGUAUUCGGUAGUCUUUAUUUUAUGAAUGACUCGUUGACAAUGUAAACUGAACGACUUUGAAUUCUCACAAUUAUUGCCAACUAACGAUCAACAAUCAUCAACUUCAAUUCCAAAGUCCACGUGCCACAACUGAGUUGGUACUUUUUCAGUCAGUCUUCCUGCCUUGCAGUUUAAAUACUGUGCAGCAGCUUCCCACAUGAGCUUCAUGAACGUUGAAGAAACUCCAUCGCUGUGAUGCCGAUAAGCAAGGAAAAUGCUGCCAGGUCACUGCGCCUCCUCAAAGAAUUCCGGGAUGCGGCCGGCAACAACGUUCAACAGCAAGAAGACGUCCAGCAAAGCAUCGACGUCCUCAAUGCUUACCUGAGCAGUAUUCUUCCGGCUGCCACUGCGGUCGUGACAACAGGAGGCAAAGCCGUCCAACACAGUAACAGCGAUGAACGUAACAAAGAAGAGAUUAAAGUUUAUUCCUUCCAGUCGCCGCCAGCACCCCAGAGUAUCGCGGACUUUGGGUUGAUAUUGCAGCAUGGUGCAGCGACCGCCGUUACGCUGCAGCGAAGUCAGGCUCUGGAGCCUGUCGCAGCAAGUCCAUUACUCAAUCAUAAAGCCUUGGGAAACAUACGCAUUGCCGCAGUGACUGCUGGGUCCUACAUGCACCAGGACGAUCGCCUUAAGAUUGGUGAUGAGAUCAUUGAAAUCAACGGCCACCUGAUGGAAAGAUGCUCCGUGGAACGAGCAAGAUUCCUGUUUGACAGCGCUCUAAGGUCGGGUAAACUCUGUGUGGCAAUCUUCCGGAAGACUAAAAGGAAAGCGCCCCCGCCCCCGGCUACUACAGGUACCUGCCCAACCCAAGGUGUCUCUCAGUCUACUCCUCAUGCCACAGUCCACAGAGAGGUAUCUAUUGAACCCGGGGUGGUAACUACUACUAGCUCUACUACUCAGUUGUCUGGCAGACAAUACUCAAGUGGUUACCCACAAGGAAAGCCGAGUAACGGUCACAUUUCCCAGGAUAGCGGGAGACAAACUAACAAGGGGCCGGUCGUUGGCACACAAUAUCCAAGCUCUGCUUCCCAGGAGGAAGAUAUGAAAGCCAACCGAGUGAAGACGCUUCCCGCUGGAAGUUCGUUAUCAGUGGCGGGAAGCAGCCAGGCGGAAACCAUAGGAAGUCUGGUCAGUGGUGACAGGGCCUUCAGCAUGAAGAGGCCUGCACCCCGGCAGCCUCCAGCGACAGUAGCAGCAGCAGCAUUAUCAACCCAUACACCCCUAGUGGACUCGGGGACAACAGAUGAGCCGAUACUGCCGUCUAGGACGGUGAAGGUUUCGGAGACCUCACCGCAUGUCACGCUGUCCAGGAGUGACUCAGUGCUGUCCAAGAUGCUACCAGAGGUCAAGAGAAAUAAACGAGAGGUCGUCAAAAUCCACUUGGUGAAAAACAAGGGUGCGCUUGGGAUUCAGAUAGCAGGUGGCAAGGGGUCUAGGAAGGGAGAUAUCGGGAUCUUUGUAGCUGGUAUAGAUGAGGGAAGCCCAGCAGAGCGGGAUGGACGUCUACAAAAGGGCGAUGAGAUAUUGAUGAUUAACGGUCACAGCCUAAUCGCUGUGAUUCACAAGGAGGUAGUGGACAUCCUUCGUAACUCAGGAAGUAUCGUUCAACUGGUCAUCGCAAGAAAGAGGAAGCACCGUCAUCGUUUACGGCACCACCACCAAACCCUCAGCCAGACAGCGUCCAGUACGUCGGACUCGGAGAGCAUCUCAAGCCAGCACUCGACCCCCGGCAGCUCCCCGCGUGUGUCAACCAGGUUGAAUCACGGCAAGGAGAACACCAGCCCUCUGUACGGUGGGAAGGUCCUCCUCCCCAGGGAUGUCGACAAUGUUGCUCAACCCCACAGGAAACCUGGCUUAGAGACGCAGCAAGAGACCGGUGUGAAGAGGCAAGCAGUUCCUGAUGGUUCAUCAUCACCUCAUAAGGUGGAGAAGAUUGACAACUUUCAAGUUUCCGCCAUCCCUAGCGGUCGGAUGUCCCCCACCCUGUCCGUCGUGCAACAGAUAUCUCUUAUCAAGGGGGCAUACGGGAAAGGUCUUGGUUUCAGUAUCGUCGGCGGUGAGGACUCAGCCAAGGGCAAGAUGGGCAUCUUCGUCAAGACCAUCUUCCCUAGUGGAGCUGCAGCUGGUGAUAACAGACUUAAAGAAGGUGACGAGAUACUGGCUGUCAAUGCUGACUCACUGGAAGGAAUGACACACAAACAAGCAAUCAACAAGUUCAAGCAAAUAAAGAAAGGCGUUGUCACGCUGACUGUCAAGAGUCGCCUUAUUGGGAAGACUUCCACGCCAGUAGACAGUCCCGUGGCCCCGCCCAGAAGGAAGAGAUCGAGAGCCGAGAAUGGUUUUAAGGACGCUGAGAGGCAAUAUUCACCUGGGUUUAUAGAGGUGCCUUCCCCUGUCAUUAGAGAAGACACUAGUGACGUCCGACUAACCAAAGAGAUAGUCCUCCAGAAAGAGCAAGGUGUAAGCUUAGGCAUAGGUGUUGUAUGUCUACCAGAGCCGGGUACCAGCAAUGAAAGACGGGUGUAUGUACAACAUCUAGAGCAGACGUCACCAGCUAAGAAAGAUGGCAGAUUAUGUCGUGGUUCCCACUUGCUGGAGGUGAACGGGGAGAACUUAAAGAAUGUUAGUCUACAGAAAGCAUACAGGGUGUUCGGAGGUUUACAGCCCGGCCCGGUCAGGCUGAAAGUGUCUCGAUAUCUCAAUGAGAAGGAGUGUGAAGCUGAUAUGGAAAAAGCGAUGGAGCUUGUAGCGUUGUCUGGGCAACCAGAGGAUAACAAUGUUGGUGAUGUCAAUGAUGGUAUAAGACCCGAACAAGACACGCCCAUGGAGAUGGAGCAUGAACCAAUGGAUGAAGAGCCCCCUCAACCGCCGGUUAGAACCAAGAGAAUCAAACGUGUCCGUUGGGCCUCAAGGAAUGAAGAGUUCGCAAUUGACGGUUCAGUGCCAAUUACUUCAGAUCCAGUUGAACCAGUUAUUCGCAGCACAACUAUUUCCUCCACCCACCUUUCCCCGCCCAUCAACGUCAACCUUCCGAGGAACAAUAACAUCAUCUCACCAACUGUCAGUGAACUUGCCAUGGCAACCAUCCAAACAAUGAACUUAUCAAGGGAGAAAUUCGAACCCCUGAAAAGUGAGAAGUUUUCAUCGUUAUCAUCGUCUUCUACGUCCUCGAUGGACGGUCAGUCGUAUAAAUCUGGUUCCGAGAGUGAAUUGAACAGUAGUAUGGAGAGAGAGACCGAUGGGUCUAUGGAGAUGGUUCCCACACGAGGUGCAGGUCGACCAGGUCGGCGACCCGACCUCUCUAGGCGGAAAGGUCGGGCAGGGUCAGACCUAGCCAACGAGUACGAAGCAUACCUCCAUUCUUGCCAGGACAGCGACAUCAGCGAAGAGAAAGAUGAGAAGUCGGAUGAUGACGAAAGCGACAAAAGUUGCUUCAAGAGUUUAGCUCCCGACAAGCAGAUCGAUGUGUUACAGAUUCAUCGAAGCCCGGGAGAGAGGCUCGGCAUGGGGUUAAAUAUUCAGCACACUAAGGGGCCUAACAGCACCAUCCAGGGAGUCUCUGUAAAGAAUGUCAUCCCUGGUGGAGCCGCUGAACGAGCUACGGGCGGAGAACGUGGUCUCUGCGUCGGCGAUACCAUCCUGGGCGUAGACGGAAGUAUUCUUCAGGUUAUGACUUACGCAGAGACAGUCAAGCUGCUCUCUGAGCUUCCGCUGAACAUUGAGGUAGUCGUUGCUAGGCUAACUCCAGAUUUUUCUCCUCGUGAGCAAACCACAGCCCCAGAAGAGCAAAUGGAGAAUGAUAAUGAAAACACGCAGCAACCAAACCCGAGUCCACGGUCUGAGAGUAAGUGUUGGGAUCUGAUCGAGCAAAGUGAUCCCAACCCUGUCUUAAUGAAGGCAGAGAGACUUGUGAACACUUCUGAUGCUGAGAAGAGGAAUGGCAUAACAUUGGACUACAGGACGCAAGAACUAUGGAAAACUAUCGAGACAUAUAACAAAGACUCCCCAGCAGCGCAACAUUCGGAUGAUUCCUCGGUGGAGAGUGAAUCUGGACAAUUAGACAACCAUGAUAAUGUGGAGUCAAAGAUAUCAAAGAGAUCUGUUGAGAACAAAAAAACUCCAGAAGCUUUUGAUGAGACGCCAAAACAGAUGUGUCUCGCCAACCCAAAUCAUUCCAUGUAUCCCGAUGAAUCAUCAGAAGAUGAAGAUGAUGAUGAUGAUAUAGGAGACCUACUGAUGCUGGACACCGCGCUCACUGAUGAGGACGAAGAUGAGCCAAGUGUCUUGGUGCAUAGAUACUCCAUGCCACUUCCAAAAUUCAAUAUAGAGGACCAAACGGAUCAAGGAGCAAAGUUGAACGAUCCAAAUGAUGAGGAUACGAGGCUAGAUUUAGAAGAGCAAGAGGCCAUGGAUACAAGCGACCCUCCCAUCACUGAUAUCGACGAUCUCCUUUUCUCAGGGGAGGAGGAGGAAGAGGAGAUGAGAGAUGAAGCUGCUGGAGAUGAUGAAAAGAUAACACCCGUCCAAGAUUCAAUCCAGAUGGCUGUUGCAUCUGACGUUUCGACGCAUCCUGAGACGGACAUCUCACUGAAAGUUCUCGGGCAUCCAAGAGUGGCAGGGAUCGCAGAGGAUGAGGUCAUCUUGAGGAAUGAUACACCUGUGUUCACCCCUCCUCCUCCAAUGGUAGAUUCCGUUUCUCAUGAUGAUAGUCGGCCGUAUGAAAUGCUCGACAGCGACGUGGAAGAUGGUGCACCUCCUCCAUUACCAUCCAGUAGCCCCCCUAAGGAGUUCAUCUUGGAAUUUGCCCAAGAUGCUGCUGUCGGAUCUUCCAAGGAGGAAAGCGAUGCAGAGAUGAGUCCAAGGGAAAAUGAUCAGCUGCGCUCAAACCUGACAAGGUCCAUGUUUUUACCGAAGAAGGCAGCGGCGAGUGAACCUUCCUCCGUUAAGGCAACAGGGAAGGGUCUACCUCUACUAGCAAAACCCAAGACACUUUCAUCCAUUCCUGUUGCUAAAGCAAGAACAGGCGUACAUUCCCCAAAAGACUCUGACAGCCUUAAACUGAAGUUGAAUCAACGAUCUCUAUCCCCAUUCCGCCCACUCUCAUUGCCUUUAAAGUCGCCAAGCCCUCUCACAAUAAACCCAGAUAAAUAUAAGACCCCAUUAUCGCCACCGGCCAGUCAGCAAGACGCCAUUGCUGAUGGAGAAGAUCAAAAAUCUAAGGACACUCUUAAUGAUUCCAGUGACUUGAGUUCUGCAGUUGAAAACAUCUUUGCGUCUGUCAUGGACAACACGGACGAUUCAUUAAUGGAAAAUAGCAUGGAAAUAAUCUUACAAGACCCUGAAAAUGGAUCAAGGCACCCUGACAUCCUCCAAGCACCAACAUCAAGUUCCCCACGGAGGGAACCUUCUUUGUUGAUGAGACCACCCACUGGGUUUGGAGACGACUCCAGCAAUUGCUCCUCCCCUGAAAAGGAACACCAGCCAAUCAUUACAGGGGAGUUACCAAGAGAGCGUGUUACCAGCGAGUCGUCAUCUUCACUCGACUUGAGCGACGCAUCGGAGCAGGGUUCCGAUGAGGACUUCCAGGCAGUAACUCCUCUUCCUGGGAAUGAGCCUCUGACACCAUUCCAGAGUCGCCUCAAGGAGCCUGAGAGACUCUCCAACCUGAACACGACCAACAGUAAUUCCAACAACACCUCACAACUCCGCUUAUUCCAGAGGGGUCAUUCAGUAGAUGAUAGCGCCAUCAAGGGCAAGAAAGUAAUUAAAGUCAACUUUGAUUUCAACUUUGACCAAGACUCUAGCGAUGAUGAAAUCGUACCCAGCCACGUCCGUAAGAAUCGGCACAAAGCUGGAAACUCAGAGCAAAAGACCUCGGCAAAAACAGACCUAGCCAAAUCAACCCAAGAACGUUCCCAGUUACCUGAAGUGAAGGCUAAAGAAACUAAAAAACAUCCGGAGGAUUGUCCUGAUGAGUCACUUGUUAAAGCCCAAAAGGAAAGCUCUGUCUCUGCACGUCGGCACAAAUUAGACAAGUCAGAUUCUUCAAGUAGCGAGACAGGCACGCCGCUAUCCCCAAGGUUACCACCAGAUGGUCAUGAGUCACCUGAACAAAUUUCCAAAUGUCCAAGCGCUGGAAGCUCCCCUGCCCCCUCGCCCACACUACUAAAGCUCAGUGCCGACCAGCCAUUAGAAAAAUCUGCUGAAGUAGCAGUCGUUCCAGCUGAAGAAAUCUCGAAUCCCAAUGACAAGAUGAAGACAGCUACUAGAAGACCAAUCCACAUUAAGCUUGAGUCAGGAGAUACGACUAAACCUGAUUUGAUUUCAUCAACUCUAAAGCCAAGCAUUUCUCCCAAACCUCUUACAUCGGAUGAAGAUGAGCCGGUUACUCCAAGCAGCGUUCAAGAGCGGGCAUCCAUAUUUGGCCCCGUCCUUAAACGCCGUACCCCACUAGCAUCGCCCAAAUCUCCAGUGACACUGAUACAAGAGGAUCAUGAAGAUAAACUGGAAACAACUCCAACUUCUAUCAAGAAAGAAGGCCUAACCAUAUCAUUAUCUACUCAAGACUUAGACUCACCAGAGCAAAAGAUUGUUUCCAUUGAAAAGACAAGUGAUGUGCUUCCAACAAUUGACAACAGCGCAGAUGACGAUGAAGAUAAUCCUCCUCCCCUUCCAGGUAGCCCACCUCCUCUUCCUCCGACAACUCCACCUCCUAAUGCUCAUAAACCAUCGGAGAGAGCCAUGUUUGACAAGACAUUAUCGCCAGUACUGGCAAGCAACCCCAUGUUGAUGACAUCGCCAGGCCAACCAUCGGACGCUGCUUUUCAGCCAAAGAGUUCAACUCCAAAAGGAGCAGGAGCAUUGAGAUCGUCUCCUGGCCCUGUGGAAGAAUUGAUUACACCAAAACGCGCUGAGGAAGUUGAGACAAAACCUGUAGUCAACACAUUGCCACCAAGUCCAGUUGUAACUGAGAUGAAGAAGUCUCUGUUGAUUAAGGAAAUGCAACCGGUCCCAAAGCCAAGACCUACUAAGGUGAAGCUUUCAGCUGGAGAACUUGGUCUAAAGAAAGACAUCGUCAAUAAGCCUGCUUCAGAAGAUGUUGAGGGGUCAUCAACACCCAGUCUUGGUUUGAGCUCAGAUGUAGUUAACUCAGCGACAGCAUCUUCAGAAAAAUUACUACCUGUAAAAGAAGCUGACGUUCUUCCCCUCUCUGAAAAACCUGUUCCUAUGUCCCUUCUUCCUAAACCAAAAACUCUCCUAUCUCCUGAAAAGAAUUCAGUUGUUCCGCCACUUAGAAUGAGCUCCUUUCCAAAGAAACCAUCAAUACUUGACAAUGUGGGCCCUAAACCCAUUGGAACCUCAAAAUUAAAAGGCCUCUCAGUUCCUAAGAAGCUGUCUGCCUCAACAAGUGGGUUGAGCCCCACUCACAGUAGUUUGCCGAAGAUUGGAUCCUCCCCAAUCAGCCCCAAAUCAAUGCCUGUUCUGUUAUCAACAAAGACUAACCCGGCAGGGACUGCAGGGACAGCCCGAACGAGAUUGAAAUUCCCGUGGGAUAAAGAGAGUCCGAAAGAAGUGAACAGUCCAGAAACAAAAGAAAGUAACUCUCACCAACAAGUAAAACCUCUCAAGAUGGCUUCAAAUCUUGACACUAAGCAAACGAUGGUUAAAAAGCCCUUGACACCAAAGCCACUCCCGAGGCUUGCCCCACAAAAAAAUGAAAGCAAACAAAGUCCUUCGAUGAAUGGAAAGCAGACAGUGACAAAAGAAAUGUCUGCUGAAAACCCAACUCUUAAAAUCGCAAUGCUGGGUGCAACAGACAGUCUAAGAAGCCCAGUUCUAGGAGAAACUUUAGAACAACAAAACACAUCAAAUAACUCAGACACUGAGCCAACUGUAAUGAAAUCUUCACAGAACUUUAGUCAAACCCCACCUCCUAAAUUGCCAGUCACUGCUCAAGUGGAGAAGGACAUUCCCGCUCUUCCAGCAAGCUCACCCCCUCCCCUUCCAGCUGUUUCACCUCCGAGGGUGUCCACUCAAAGCCCUGUCAGUCGGAUGAAUGAAACUGAUGAUGAAGAUGAGCUACCACCACCUCUUCCAUCAAUCCCACCUCCACCCUCUGUUGGGGACUCACUGGAUACAAGUAUUGAAGGAAAAGACGACCCGGAUGAGGGAGUACUGGAGAUAAAGAUUUUGAAAGGAUUGACUGAGAAGCUUGGUUUCAGCAUCGAAGGCGGCUCAGACACACCCAAGAGCUGUAUCUACAUCAAGGAUAUCCUCCUAGGGUCACCCUCGCACCAAACCGGCCGUCUACGCCUCGGCGAUCAGCUACUCGACCUCAACGGUCAAUGUAUGGUGGGAAUUACUCAUUCUGAGGCAAUGAACAUCGUUGAGUCAGCUCCGACACAUGUAACGCUCGUCGUCUCUCGAAAGAAAGUAGACGAAGAACAAACGUUUGAUUCAGACUCCUACGAUGAUGACAUCACCGACUUAGCUUCGGAACUCGCUGCAGCAAUGGAUGCUGGACCAGACUAUAGAGAAGGGAUGCCAGACUUUGAUGAAGUGGACGGGGUCUUUACGCAGGGUAAAUCGUCGACGCCCGUAAGCCCAAAGUCCCCCUAUAGUCCGAUGUCGGAGAGUAGUGUGAGUCCGAGAAGGCCGUUCUUCCAUAAUAAGGGAAGUUUUGAAAGUGAUGAACAUGAUGUCAUGAAUGUUGUCAUGAGGAAGCAGAUUAAUGCAAGAGCCAAGAGGAACUUUCCUUUAGAUCGAGAUCCAAGAGGCCUCCUCGAGCGAUCGUGGUCGGAGAGCUCCAACUCAACCAUUCUGCUGUCCACCAGUGAGUUAGAGAAACUCAUUGAGGAUGCUAAUGAGUCGCUGGACGAUAUGACGGACAGUAGUGUGUCGGUUGUUAUCCUACAUAAGGAAAACGAGAUGCAAGGUCUCGGGCUGACAGUAUCUGGAGGGAUAGACCAGGAGAAGAAAGAAAUUAUGGUUCAUCGGGUGAUACCUAACGGUCUCGCUGACCGAGAUGGUCGGAUCCAGCGAGGCGAUCGUGUCCUCUCCGUCAACGGGAAGGUCUUAAAAGAUUCAAAACACUCUGAGCUCCUUGAGAUGCUGAAGAGUAAGAGGCAAGAUGUAGUGUUAGUCAUCGCUCAGCACGUAGCCCCGGAAGAAGAAGAAGACGAACUAUCCACUUCUAACGUCGUAGACAUUGAGAUGGCCAAGGGACCAGCCGGACUGGGCUUCAGUGUGGAAGGCGGGAAGAGCUCCCCAAAAGGUGAUCUACCAAUCACAGUCAAGAAGAUCUUCACUGGGGGCGUGGCUAACCGCAGCGGGCAGAUCCAUGUAGGAGAAGAGAUCAUACAGGUCAACGGUCAGCGGAUGGCUCCACUAACCCACUUCGAGGCCUGGACUUAUUUGAAAUCCCUACCUAUCGGGAUUGUUAAGAUGAAGAUAAAACGUGCUAAAUUGAAGGAGUAGAUGGCAUGCAUCUUCAUUCAGCCUGAACAAUCCCUCCGCGCCAUUUUUUCCCAGUAUUUUGUCCCAGUUAAGAUGAAGAUUGAACAAGCUUAAUCAAAGGAGUAGAUGGGGCAUCUUCAUUCAACCUCGGUGAUUGAUCUCACUGCGUUAUUUUUUCCCCAGCAUGUCUUGUUCGCUCAUUACUCCUGGAAUUGGUUCAUUUAAAAUAUGGCACAUUUUAAUUAGGCCUGUGGCCGAUUCACUCUAAGCGCCCGCUCCAGUAUGCACGGUAACCCGUAAAAGCAGCAUCAAGACAAAAAUCAACUGGUCCCCUGUCUGACUCUUCUUUGAUCUUGAGACAUUUCUAACUGUAUGCAGUUUAGGGUGACCGUGUAUUAACAUGAUUCCUUUGAAAUGAAAUCGCAUCAAAAUACACAUGCAUUUUGACAUGCAUGAACUAAGCGUCCAUACAAGUGCUAAAAUGUUUUUAACAGGCGUGCAUGCAGAGUAGUCGCUUUUGGGAGCCAAUCACCUUUGUUUUUCGGUACAUCCCUAUCAGGGGUAAGUGACGAGAGGUAUUGAUAUGGCACGCUGCCCAUGGUAGGGAGGCUGAUCUUUGUUCUAUUUUGAUGAUGGUGGUGCUAGGUGUCUUAUCACACCAUUCUUUGCUAGAUUUCUCAUCAGUGGAGUAGCAACAGUGCCCUCUUGAGUCAUGUUUAGGCCAGUGGAGAAACAACAGAGUCUGUUUUUAUGGAGACACAAACAGCGCCCUCUUCAGGUUAUUUGCUGUGAGUUUCUCUUCGUGCAGUCAACAGCCAUCCGAUUUGAGUUCAGUCUACGACACUCUUUUUGAGUGGAACAAUUGUCUAUACCGGCAAUCGUUUGAAGAUGAAUUUUUAUUUCCGAUUCAACUUGACACCCAGAAAAUAACAAAAAAUUUUCACAGUGAAUAGCGUUAACGCCUUUAGUUCAAUAAGCAGCAAGACUGGUAUGCAAAUCAUUGGUAACCCUCGGACUCCUCCUGUGUUCAUCUUGAUCUACCGCCAGUUUGUUUGAAAUCUGAAGAAUGAUUGGCCAGCCGCUGUUGUCAAUCAUAAACUUUAACCAAUGCAAGGUUUGUUUAUUCGCACUGCCUUUGUUGUGUUGUGCAUUCAGUUCCGUGGCAAAUGCAUGCAAAUUAAGAUGGGGAGCUUACUCCGACUUGAUGAAUAUUUUAUGGAAAGUUUGGGACGUAGAACUUCAGUAUGUAUUCUCAAUUGCAGAGAGAUUCUGACAGAAUGAGCUAGGCUUCAGGAAGUUUUGACUUUCAGUGUUUUUUCGUGAAGGACAAAAGAUUUGUCUAUGAGAAAGUAAUAAGGACAUAAAGGACACAAGGUUUUUCUCUGUGAGCAGGUAUUCACUACGCAAAAUGUGUGCUUUGCUGAAUUGAGAUCAAGGUGGAUCGUUGGUGAAUCAUAAUGGUAGCUACAUAUCACAUGACUGCUCUCAUUCGUGAUAAGAUUCAGGGAAAUUGUGCAAACUCAAAUUUGCUGCGUAUCAGAGAAUGUGAUUACCAUGAUGCUGCACUACAUAAUUGUGUGGGUUAAAAGUUCUUAAAAUAGUUUUGGAAAGAGGUCGGACGGCCACUUCAAGGUGAGGUCUACACUUGACAACUGCCAC